AUGGCUUCGCGACUGGUGCUGGUCCUAGGCGACCUCUUCAUACCAGACCGCGCUUCGGAUAUACCGGCAAAGUUCAAGAAGCUCCUCGCGCCCGGCAAGAUCGGCCAAAUCCUCUGCUUAGGCAACAUAACCGACCGCGAGACGUACGAAUUCCUGCGCGGGAUUGCGCCCGAUCUGCAGAUUGUAAAAGGCGACUUUGACGUGGAAGCGCCGAAUCUCGCCCUGUCAAAAGUAGUCACGCACGGCAGCCUGCGCAUAGGCUUCACGCACGGCCACACCAUCAUACCACCGGGCGAUGGCGACAGUCUGCUGAUAGCGGCGCGCCAGAUGGACGUCGACGUACUCUUGUGGGGCGGGACGCACAAGUUUGAGGCAUAUGAGAUGGAGGGCAAGUUUUUUGUGAACCCUGGGAGCGCAACGGGCGCCAUGUCGACGGGUUGGUGGCCCGAGGACGAAGAUCCCACGCCGAGCUUUGUCCUCAUGGACGUGCAAGGUGACGUGCUUGUCCUGUACGUCUACCAACUCCGCAAGGACGCCGAAGGCAACGAGAACGUUGCGGUGGAGAAGGUGUCAUUCCGGAAAAACGGAGGUGGUGCAGCAUAG